AUGAUAGUUUUUGAGGUCCUGUUGAUGACUUAUCUACUCGGAUUUCAAUGUGAUUCCGUGAAUCCAUGGGUUUUCAAGCUAUCUUUCUUUUGCUUUAGUGAGUUGUUUACUGAUAUCAAUCAUAAAUUACCUUGUUUCUUUCCCCUCAUGACAGCACCAACAUGCGUAUCUGGUCCAAUUGUCUUCAACAUAUACCCACCACCUGAGCCACCAAAAGAAAAGCCAAAGCCUCCUCCUCCUCCACCACCGCCAAAAGUGAUCGAAGUGAUCGAAACAAAAUCUCUUGUUCAAGGUGCACCGACCUGGAAUAGCCCACGAAAAAUUACGAAUACAGGCACACCAGUGAAUACCGAUCGGUGCAUCAUUUUAUAG